ACAACCUCUCUCAACUCAUUCUCACGUAUUUUGUUUACUCUGACUUGGAAGCGUUAGCAAACACGAUUUUUGUGUUAACAACAAAUAUCAUGGCAGCUGCAAAAAUGUAUUUCUUUGUCAGGAAUUUAAAAAUGAUUAAACAGAUGUUGGCGGUUCUCAACACUCCACAGUUUUUACCAAAAUCCGACACUCAAGUGGAUUUAGUUAAACCGUCUUUGAAAUUAUGGAAAUUGUCUUACACCGUGUUUUCGGUAAUAGUCGCAAUGAAUGUGUUUUUGUGGUCGAUUGCGCCAUUUUUUAACCCAGAACAGAGGUUUCCUUUUGUGGCUUGGUACCCUUUUCAAACAAGUACUACAUUAAAUUACUGUAUUGUUUAUUUAUAUCAAGUGGUGUGCAUAUGGGUUAUAACCAUCGCGAAUAUGAAUUUGGAUACAGUGACGAUGGCUUUGAUGGUCUACAUCGGAACACAGUGUGAUAUUCUUUGUGACGAUUUAAGUAACCUUUAUGGCAAUUCGGAUUAUUUUCACAAACAUCUUAUCAGUUGUAUUAAACACCACAAGAAAAUUGUAAGUUAUGCACGGAAAAGUAACAAUAUAUUUAACAUGAUAAUUUUGGGUCAAUUUGCCACAAGUACCAUGGUCUUAGCCCUUACUAUGUUUCAGUUAAGUUUGGUUAAUCCUCUGAGUGGCAUUGCUGCCAUACAUUUAAAUUACAUACUCGGAAUUACUACAGAAAUUUUGCUUUACUGUUAUUACGGUAAUGAAGUUGAAGUUAAGAGUAGUCGGAUGUCGUACUCCAUCUACAAGUCUGAUUGGUAUGAACAACCGAUUAAUAUUCGAAGAACAAUUCUUAUUCUUUGUGAAAGAUGUAAACGUCCGAUUAAAUUUACCGCGAUAAAUUUGUUUGCCCUUUCCCUAAGCACGUUUAUGACGAUUAUUCGGUCUGCUUAUUCCUACUUUGCCUUGCUCUAUAAUGUCAAUAAUCGCUAAUUGGUCAUGUUAUUUUUUAAUGAUUAGUAAGUAAUACAGUUUUCAAGCACCGAA